GUCGGGCAAAUGGGAGGGUGGAAGGUAAGAGAGCUUGUAUUAUUAACGCCGGCCAAUUGGUUUAGGAAAUUUUGCAACCGCUGGAAAAGGUCAUUGAAGGAAUUGAAUGCAAAAGAAAAAAAAAAUCAUCUAAAAAAGAGUGCCGGGCAUGCGCAGAGGGAGGAUGCCAUAUUGGAAUGAGUCUGUAGUGAGAGAGCGGGAGGGAGAGGAGAGAGAGAGAGAGCGAGCGGGAGGGAGAGGAGAGAGAGCGAGCAAAGGAAAGGAGAGAGAGAGGGAGAGCAAGAACCAGAGAGAGAGGGAGAGGGGGAGAGGGAGAGAGAGAGAAGCACACACACACACGCACACACACACACAGAUCGCCUUUUCACCACUGAGCAGAGGGGGGCUUUGCCCUUUUAGAGACUGAGGAAAAAAAAAAAAAAACUUCAUCCAGGAACCUUUUCCUACAGGAUGAAAUAGGAAGCGGAAGAUAGUUUUCCUUGAAUGGAGAGCAGUGUGUCCUUGGUUUCCAACAUGCAAGAGACUUCACAUUUGUCAUUGGAGAAAUGUAACAGUCCAGCCAAUGGUAACAAUGAGUAUGAUUCAGAUGAAGGUUCAAGCAUGGAAGACCCUGACUUUAAUUGGGGUGAAUAUUUGGAAGAAACAGGCGCAGUUGCUGCCCCUCAUACAUCUUUCAAACAUGUUGAAAUCAGCCUUCAGAGCAGCUUCCAGCCUGGGAUGAAGUUAGAAGUAGCUAACAAGAACAAUCCAGACACGUAUUGGGUGGCGACCAUCAUAACCACAUGUGGACAGCUCCUGCUGCUGCGUUACUGUGGCUAUGGAGAGGAUCGAAAGGCCGAUUUCUGGUGUGACGUGAUGACAGCUGAGCUUCAUCCAGUGGGAUGGUGUACUCAGAACAACAAGGUGUUGAUGCCGCCAGAUGCCAUCAAAGAGAAGUACACAGACUGGACAGAUUUUCUUAUACAUGAUUUGACUGGCUCUCGGACAGCACCAGCCAAUUUACUGGAAGGUCCUCUGCGAGGGAAAAACCCUGUAGACCUCAUUACAGUUGAUUCCUUAAUAGAACUUCAGGAUUCUCAGAACCCCUUUCAGUACUGGAUAGUUAGUGUGAUUGAAAAUAUUGGAGGAAGAUUACGCCUUCGCUAUGUGGGAUUGGAGGAGACUGAAUCCUAUGACCAGUGGUUGUUUUACUUGGAUUACAGACUUCGACCAGUCGGUUGGUGUCAAGAGAAUAAAUACAGAAUGGACCCACCUUCAGAAAUCUAUUCUUUGAAGACAACAUCUGAAUGGAAAUGUGCUCUGGAAAAAUCUCUUAAUGAUGCUGCAAAAUUUCCUCUUCCAAUGGAAGUGUUCAAGGAUCAUGCGGAUUUACGAAGCCAUUUCUUCACAGUUGGUAUGAAACUGGAGGCAGUGGAUAUGAGUGAGCCUUUUAAUAUCUGUCCUGCAUCAGUGACUAAGGUUUUUAACAAUCAUUAUUUGCAAGUGACUAUUGAUGACUUGAGACCAGAAGCUAAAAAAAUCUCAAUGCUGUGCCAUGCAGAUUCCUUAGGGAUUUUACCUGUACAGUGGUGCCUUAAAAAUGGAGUCAACCUCACACCACCCAAGGGUUAUGCUGGCCAGGACUUUGACUGGGCAGAUUAUCAGAAACAGCAUGGUGCUGAGGCUGCGCCUCAUUUCUGUUUCAGAAAUACAUCAUUCAGCCGUGGUUUUACAAAGAACAUGAAGCUUGAGGUUGUAAACCCCAGAAACCCUGGGGAGCUCUGCGUGGCCUCUGUCGUCAGUGUGAAGGGAAAGCUCAUGUGGCUUCACCUGGAAGGCUUGCAGUCUCCUGUUCCAGAGUACAUUGUUGAUGUAGAGUCUAUGGAUAUCUUCCCAGUUGGCUGGUGUGAAGCAAAUGCUUAUCCCUUAACUCCGCCACAUAAAGCAGUUUUACAAAAGAAGAGAAAGAUUGCAGUCGUACAACCAGAAAAACAAUUGCCAUCCACAGUGCCUGUUGAGAAAAUACCUCAUGACCUUUUUUCAUUUCCUCAGCCAGACACAACAGGUACCGUCAAUGGGAAAUACUGCUGCCCUCAGCUUUUCAUCAACCACCGGUGUUUCUCAGGCCCCUACCUGAACAAAGGAAGAAUUGCAGAGCUACCUCAAUCUGUUGGACCUGGCAAAUGUGUGCUGGUUCUUAAAGAGGUUCUUAGCAUGUUAAUUAAUGCAGCUUACAAGCCAGGAAGGGUAUUGAGAGAACUGCAGCUUGUGGAAGACCCACAAUGGAAUUUCCAGGAGGAGACCCUGAAAGCAAAGUACAGAGGUAAAACAUAUAGGGCAGUUGUCAAGAUUGUACGAACAUCUGACCAAGUAGCAGAUUUCUGCAAGAGAGUUUGUGCCAAGCUGGAAUGUUGUCCAAAUUUGUUUAGUCCUGUUUUGGUUACUGAAAUCUGCCCAGAAAACUGCUCCAUCCACACCAAAACCAAAUACACUUAUUAUUAUGGAAAGAGAAGGAAGAUUAUCAAACCCCCAAUUGGAGAGAACAGUACUGAAAUUGGGCCCCCUAAGCCAACCAGACGGAGGAAACGGCGGAAAUCCAUUUUUGUACAGAAGAAAAGGAGAUCCUCCACAGUAGACUUUACCACUGGAUCAGCAGAGGAAAGCGAGGAAGAGGAUGCAGAUGCUAUGGAAGAAGACACAGGGAGUGAGGAGACCAGCUCGGAGCUUCGGGAUGACCAGACCGACACUUCCUCAGCUGACGUCCCCUCGGCCCGGCCCAGGAGAGCCGUCACAUUACGGAGCAGCACAGAAUUAGAUCGGCCCCCUCCUGUGGAAAGAACCAGGAGGAGCCGGAAAGCACAGACAUUCUCCUGUGCUGAAGGAGAUAAAUGCUCCCAAGCCAAGCCGGACAGAGCAGAGGAGGUAAAACAUGAAGAGGAGGAGAAGCUUGUCCUGGAAAGUAACCCAUUAGAAUGGACAGUGACAGAUGUGGUGAGGUUUAUUAAACUGACAGAUUGUGCUCCCUUGGCCAAAAUAUUUCAAGAACAGGAUAUUGACGGCCAAGCGCUUCUAUUAUUGACGCUUCCUACAGUGCAGGAGUGCAUGGAGCUGAAACUGGGGCCUGCCAUCAAGCUUUGCCAUCAGAUUGAAAGAGUUAAAGUUGCAUUCUAUGCCCAGUAUGCCAAUUAACUUCAGCUCUUCUCGUCUUGGAAGACUCUUGCAUGGGAGAUGGACCAUUUGGGGACAGGCUUUCUUCUGCCUGCAGACGUGUACAAUUGAAGCACUGAGGAAAAUCGGAGUGUGAGGAAGACCCAAACUUCUCAACUGAUCUGACCCUCUCCCCUGCAUUUAUUUAAUGUCUCUGAUUUUAAAGCACACUGAAAUACAACAGCUGCUUUCUGAGAGCGUAACUUGCUGUUUUUCUAUUACAGCAUCCCGUGAUAUUACAAAAGCUGAGGCAAUCUUGCUGCCCUUUUUUCCCACUAAACCCACAGCGCCUUUUGAUUGAGAUUUCUUAUGCUUUUCAAGAGAAAGGUUAGGAGUCAGUGGUGUGUUUGUUCUACAGUUGUGUGGGAUACCUAUCAGGUAAUUUAAAAAAAAAAAAAAAAAGCUACAUGUAAGCCUCAAGCAAAUUUGCCCACACUUCUUUCAUAUUGAAAUGUGUAUUGAUCACAUUUUCAAGUGACUUUUGCCACUGCAAUUUGAUCCUAGUGAUCAACACAUUUCUGUCACAUUUAUGACAUGAGUCUUGUUAAAUAUGUAUUAAAAGCAGGAUGUAAUUAUGGAAAAGACCAACUAAUCCUCUAGUUUUGUCAGUGCUCUUAGGAAAAGUGUGAGUUUAAGAAUGGAGAACAGGAAAUCUAGAAAAAGUUUGCAGAGACAACAUUUGAUGAAAUAAAGCUUUGGCCCUUUAAUCUGCCUGUAACCAGAUCAGGAAGAGGAUUCUUACAGUUCUCCUACAGGACAACAUGUUGAAACAACUUACUUAAGCAUCACAAAAUAAGGAAAUGGAACAUUUCAGAUGAGAAGUUGAGACUUUUGUCAUAGGCAACCAGAAAUUCCUUGGGGUGGAGUUCCACAGUGUUACCUAUCAGCUUGGUCUGGCUUUGUUGUGGUUAAGUAGCCCAGAUUUCACAAAUCACUUCAACCCUGGGAGAUGUAACGGUGAUUACCAUAAGCUGAAAGCCCUCUGCUCUCUACUCACUUUGCAAUCCGUACAAAACUGCAGCCACAACUCCAUCUAUAUCCCCAACCUGACCAACUUGGAACAUUUUGCCGAUAUUAAGGAAUUAGACCACCUAUGGAUAGACCUCUGUGUGGCUCCUGGGUAAAAAUAUUCUCAGACUGAAAGAAUCAUCUAUGAGACCCAAUCAGUAAUUUAAGCAUUCAUCAAAACAUGGAAGUUUCUUAAAGAAUUAUUUUCAUCUACUGUGAUUUUUUUAAGUCUAUUGAUUUAAAAAAAAAAAUCUGAUAUUAGUGACAAGUCCUAAAUUAUUCAAAAGCUCAGUUCUACCACAAUGGCUUCAUAUCUUCAGUUAAUGCCUUAUCUAAAAUAACUGUUUUGAUCAUUUCCCACCCAAAAUUUGAUCUCGACCUGGACUCACUCCUGUAUCCAUUAUGUGAAUAUUUCAUUGAUUCACCUUCCUCUGGCAAGUCAAAGUAGAAAUGCUGACCUUUAUUCAGCAUUUUGAGACUGGUACAGACAAAAGUGAGAAGUUACAUGGAUAUCUUCUGCUACCGAAAUGUUUGUCUCAGCCUAAAGCUAGUACAAACCUUUAAUAAAUGGACUUUUGUGUAGAGAACCCUGAUGGAGCAUCAUGUACAACAAUGGCUUGUUGACAUCAUUAUAAAUGCUAGCAGAAUGGCUUGGGAUUCCUUGGUAGUAGAGUUUUUCUGAAUUCUCCAAGCUAGUUUUGAUCUUUCUUUGGGUCUUCUAGCCCUGUGUCCUCAGCUUCCUUGGCUUGAAAUACUGUAUCAUGAAGUUAACAUUGCAGAGAGAUUUCAAGAAUUCUGGCCUUUUCUCUGGGCAGAUUUUUUCUUUUAUGAUCUUUUCUCUGUGGCCUUUUCAAACUAUGCCAUUUCUGUUUCAUUUAAACUGAUAUAAAGAAAUGAGCCGACUGCACUAUAAAA